AUAAUGGUUGAUAAACAAUCAAUCCCUGAGCCCAUCCCUUUGCAUUCUUAAACAAUCAAUUCCUAAUCCCUUUGAACAAUUCAUAGAAAUCAUUUAGGCAAUGUUUGGUUUCAAAAAUUAUUAUUACCAAAAUCAAAACUCAUUUUUGGAAGGAUCUUGAUUGUUGUCAUUGACAGUCGAUCUUUGUUCCUCGUCAAAAUUGUGGAUGCAAUGCAUGGAGUUCUUCCAUGGGUGGUUCUUAUCUUUAAUUUUUAUUUAUUAUUUAUUUAUUCCUUGUUAAUUACCAGCUCAUUGUCUAUACGAUUAUAUCAAUAUUCUAUUGCUUGCCGAGAAGUUUCCAGUUUCCACGGUUUCCAGCUUAUCCCCAGCAAUUGUGGCAACAAGAAAGCAUCCCAUAGCCGUCUCCAAGGAAGACAUUUGUCUCUGUCCCAUCCUUUCUCUCUUCAUCUCCGUCUCUACCAAGGAAAACAAACUCCGCGUCUUCCAAAGUCCAAAUUCCAUCGAUUAUUCCCAUGCUCCACCCUCAUUCUCUAUCUCACUGUUUCCCAAGUCACCAAAGAACAAGAAAAAAAAAAAAAAGGAAAAAAAGAAGGAAAGAUAGGAAGAUAGAAAGAGGAAAUGGUGGCUGCCAUUUGUUGAAGCUACUGCACCUUUCGCCACUGCACCCAACAUCAGUGCUGUGCUUGAUAGUUGAGGAUGCCUCGCCUCCUAGCAGAAGUGACCUCACCAUCACUCUCUAAACUACAAAUGUCAGGCUGCCGAUCACCGCAUCAUUCUCCAGCUUUAUUCUUUUUCCUAGUAGCAGCAGUUGUGCUUCUAAUAUUUCUGAUUCUCAUUUUAGUCUCAUGGAAAGUUAAAAAUUUAGCAGAGCUGAAGAAGUUGGUUACACAAACUAAAACGCUUCAAGAAGCCAAAGAUUUUUGUAGUGGAAAUCUUCGAACAGUAAGCCAAUUUGACUUGCGCUCAUUAAAGAAGGCCACAAAGAACUUUCACCCCAGUAAUCUUCUAGGAAGAGGUGGAUUUGGGCCUGUUUAUCGGGGAAAAUUAAGAGAUGGAAAGUUGGUGGCUGUAAAGAAAUUAUCUCUUGACAAGUCCCAGCAAGGAGAAGCAGAGUUCCUUGCAGAGGUGAAGAUGAUCACAAGCAUCCAACACAAGAAUUUGGUUCGUCUUCUUGGAUGUUGCUCAGAUGGGCCUCAAAGGUUGCUUGUGUAUGAAUACAUGAAAAAUAGGAGCUUGGACCUCAUCAUAUAUGAAAGAAAUGAUCAGUUCCUGAAUUGGAAUACUCGAUUCCAAAUAAUACUUGGUAUUGCUCGAGGAUUGCAGUACCUACAUGAAGAUUCACACCUGAGAAUUGUUCACAGAGAUAUCAAAGCAAGCAACAUUCUUCUUGAUGACAGAUUUCAACCAAGGAUUGGAGAUUUUGGGCUGGCUAGGUUCUUCCCAGAGGACGAGGCUUAUCUCAGCACUGCCUUUGCUGGAACUCUAGGUUAUACAGCACCUGAAUAUGCCAUUAGAGGAGAAUUGUCUGAAAAGGCUGACAUCUACAGCUUUGGAGUUUUGGUACUUGAAAUCAUCGGCUGCAGGAAAAACACCGAUCGUACUUUAUCAUCAGAAAUGCAAUAUCUCCCUGAAUAUGCUUGGAAGCUAUAUGAGAAGUCCAGGGUGAUUGAUCUGGUAGAUCCAAGAAUUCAAGAAGACGGGUUUGUGGAGAACCCUGUGUUGCAAGUAAACCAUGUGUUGCAAGUAAUCCAUGUGGCCUUGUUUUGUCUUCAACCUUAUGCAAACUUGAGACCGCCAAUGUCAGAGGUCGUAGCAGUGUUAACAUGCAGAGCUGAUAUGGUUGGAACACCCAUGAAACCGGCCUUUUUGGACCGCAAGCAGGACAAGAACAUCUCUUCGGAUACUAUUUCAGAGGCUUUCCCUUCUCCUCUGCACAGUGAUUCUCCUUCCUCAUCUCAACAGCCAAAGAUUUCAGAGGUUUUCCCUUCUCCUCUGCACAGUGAUUCUCCUUCCUCAUCUCAACAGCCAAAGAUUUCAGAGGCUUUCCCUUCUCCUCUGCACGGUGAUUCUCCUUCCUCAUCUCAACAGCCAAAGUGAGGCCACUUCGCACUUCCCAUCUUAAUAUAGCUCCUACGAUUUGAGUCUGAUUCCAACUUCCCUCUGGUUUCUUGCGGCUAGUGCUAGUUUCCUUUCCCAUGUCAACACAGAAAAAGGAUUGAGACCCACCAUAUGAUGUCAAGGGCAUACUCUGUUCUGUUGGCUCUUCUUUCUUUUUCAAUGUAAUAUGGUGAGAUUAUAAUCCAACUUGGAAGAAGCUGAAAACAACAGCAAGGGACGACUCUGACCAAUCCAUAUUUAUAACUUCUGCAGAAAUAGCUGAAGAUUUUCCUGUUCAAAAUUCAUUGGGUGAUCAUUUCAUCAAAAUUCUAGUUAGAAAUGUAGACAUGUUCAAAAACGGUUGCAGGGUAUCUAUUCUUUUUGUGGUUGCAGUCUGUGAGAUUUCGUCCUGUUGUCUUUACUUUUGUGAAGUUUUGCAUGAUAUGCUGUAUGAGAAUCUAUCAUGUAUCUUCAAGAGAACAAAAAAUAAACUUUCCCUUGGCACAAGAGUUUGAAAUUAUUAUCGAUACCUCGUUC